CCCCAUUAUAGCGUGAUGUAUGGAAGGUUCUUGCGUGAAGGGACAUCCCGGGCUGCAUUGGUGAAUUUGAUAUCGGUGAUUCUGGUGCAGUAUUUGCAACCAGACGUCUUCUGUCUGAUGAUCACCAAGAUGUAUCAUUAUCAGCAACGGGGAUUACUAGUAACGCCAUUUCAAGGGCUUGUGGACCGGAGCAGCGGGCGAUCAAUGCUACAGCUACUCCACUUACCCAUCACGCAAGGCAGCUAAG